AUGGAGGAUCCUAAUGAGCCUGACGACUAUGACGAAGGUAUCGAGAUGUGCCAAACAGCGCUUGCAGAGAUGGAUGAGAAUGAUCCUGAUCGCGCUGCCUGUCUUGGCGACCUCGCGAUGUAUCUCAUGGAACGCUACACAGUCACCGAAAAGAUUGCAGACCUCGAGGAAGCGAUUCAAACGAGCCGAUGCACGAUUAGCAUCCUGUCCGAGAAUAGCGACGAACUGGCUGAGCAUUCAGGCCGUCUUUCAGAUGGACUAUGGCUUCAAUACGAAAACUCAAAUGACAACGAGAGGCUCGAUGAUGCCAUUGACGCAACCCGAAAAGCAUUCCAGCUUGCUACCGAAGAUCCGCCCAAGUCUGUAAUAUACGGCAACAGUCUAGGAGAGAGGCUACUGCAUCGCUAUGCCUCGUUGAACCGACAUGAGGAUCUACAAGAAGUUUUUGAUAUCGUUCAAAAUGCCGUCAAGACUAGGUCUGAAAAGAAUCAAUUUCUUCCGGAUCUUUCUGCUCGCUUAGCAUUAGCAUUGGAGGAAUCAUAUGAAGGAUCAAAGAGCUUGAAGAUUCUAGAUGAAGCCAUCUUUAGCUCCCGUCUCUCAAUAGAAGAACUAUCAGAGGACGAAAUGAAUCCUGAGGGGUACAUGAGAAUGAGCAAGGAGGUCUUCAACAUCGAAAUAGAUGAAACUUUUGAUCGAAUAUUUCAAAAAGCCUGCCAAGAUCAACAACUUGAGACUUUGGGUCGACUUUCUCAGCUUGCAAGACUCCUUGGGCAUCGAUAUUCAGAAUCGAGAGCAGUGAAUGAUCUAGAGGAAAUCAUUCAGGCAAACGAUCGUAUUAUACAGCGUGCUCCAGCUACCGAGGAAAGACUGUAUUUGCUGCUUAACGACCAGGCGAUUUAUCUUCGAGACCAUUUCAAGCGCACUCAAGACAUGAAAAGCUUGGAAAAUGCCAUAAAAUGGUCUCGGGAGGCUGUUCAAACUUCCCCAAAGAGUUCUGUGUACCAAGCAAGAAGCCUGAACACCCUGGCUAAUGCGCUGUCUGAUCGGUUCAAUCAAUCAGAAAAUAUAGACGAUAUAAACGAAGGUCUUAGUAUACUGAGAAAGGCCAUUGAAAUCCCUGAUCAAGAUCCAAAUGAACUGUCUAUAUGGCUAAAUGGUCUUAGUGCCAUCUUGAAAGCUCGUCAUGAUAGGUUUGGGCACAUCCAAGAUCUUGAAGAGGCAAUUCAAGCUUCCUCUGAAGCAGUCAAGCAAGCACCCAGCGACUCCCCUGAUAUAUCGACGUGGUUGAGAAAUCUAGCAAACAACAAACUUGCUCAUUAUGAGUGCACACAGCUCACUGCGAGUCUAGACGACGCGAUCAAUAUAUCUCGACAAGCCCUUGAUAGCAACUCACAUGAUAACGAAGAUCGUGCAGGGGCUUUUGAUGCACUGGGAAGUGCACUUACAGUGCGAUUCGAAAUUACCGGAAAGACCGAGGAUCUCAACGAAGCAAUUAAAAUGCUACAUCAGGCCAUUGAGGUGUCUUCUGAGGACAAAAGUGAGUUAGCUGGGUGGCUGAACAAUCUUUCAGUUAUGCUCCGAGCUAGAUACGAAAGAUUCGGCACCAGAGAAGAUCUUGAAGAAGCAAUUCAGACAUCACGAAACGCAAUUAUUCUAUCAAAAGAUGGCCACCCAGGGCUUCCGACAUGGCUUGGUGGGCUGGCAAGCCAUCUACAGUGCAGAUAUGAGCGAAUUGGAAAUAUGGAAGACCUCGAAGAAUCAGUCACACUGUGCCGUCAGGCAAUCGAUCUCACACCUUCAGACCAUUUUGAUAUUGGACAAUGGUUUGUGAAUCUUGCGAUCAAAUUAGAACAACAGUACGCCAGGAGUGGAAGACUAGAUAUAUUGGAAGAGGCAAUCCGCACUGUGCGUCAGGGUAUUGAUAAGACACCCCAGACUUAUUACUACUUCAUUACCUUCCAAAAUGACCUCGCCAACUUGCUGCAAUAUCGAUACGGAAGAACCAAGCAAUUUGAAGACUUGGAAGAAGCUGUAUCUUUGAUUCGCCGAGCAAUUGGUUUGACCCCAGAAAAUCAUCCUGACCUACCAAAGUGGCUUGCCAACUUGUCUAACAAGCUGCAUGAUCAAUUCAAGCAAUCUCACGAGAUGAAGUACUUAGAAGAUGCCAUAAUAUCAAGCCGCCGAGCCGUUGAGCUCACACCAAAUGAUCAUUUAGAUCUUGGUGCUUAUUUGAUAAACCUGGGCCAUAGGCUUCAAAGUCGGUAUAGACAAACUCGGCAGCAGAACGAUAUAGAAGAAGCCCUUCAAUUCAGUUUCAAAGCUAUUGAAAUUACGCCCCAAGACCACCCAUCAAUGGCGGAAUGUCUGAUUUAUACGGGAAAGGGGCUUUCCCUAUAUCCUACCCGGAAGACAGAAGCAUUUGACUUGUUUUAUCGAGGAUGGAACUGUGUGAAUGCCUCACCUUUGGUGAGAAUAAAAGCUGCAGUCUCACUUUUAAAUCUUCUUGGUGAUGACUUGAAUCAGCUUCAAGUGGCUUACAUGGUGUCUGCGCAAGCAAUCGCGUUGUUACCUCAUGUACAUAAUCGAUUUUUGAGUUUCCAAGACCGGCAAUACAUUGUUGGUCUGUUUUCAGGAUUGGCUACCAAGGCAUGCUCCCUCGCAUUUAAAACCGAAAACUCGCACGCAGAAGCUCUUGCUCUCUUGGAACAAGGAAGGACUAUAAUUAUAAGCCUUCUCCUAGAUGAUCGAAGUGAUACAUCUGAGCUCAAAUCCGCGAGUCCUGAACUAUGCGCGCAAUAUGAGAAUCUUCGUGUCGAGCUCGCUAGGCUUUCAGAGAGCAAAUCAUUGAAAGGCCCAGAGCAACUCACAACUCAAGCACGUCAAAAUACAAUUGAACAGCUGGAGCAAUGCAUUACGGAAAUACGCGAGCUUCCUGGGCUUAGUUCUUUCCAGAAAGGACUCACCGAGGAGCAGAUGAUUAAUGUGGCAAGGGAAAAUGGCACCAUAAUCAUAGUUAACAUAACGAAUAUUGGGAGCCAUGCAAUUUCAAUUCGCUCAACAGAAAUCUCGUCGAUUUCGCUUCCAGCGGCUGAUUCAGUUCAAACACAACGGUGGAUUGAGCUGAACUUGACAACAUCUUCAUCGCGAGAUCGAGGGAAGAUGAACAAAGCUUAUCGUCAAUUUCUUAUCUGGCUAUGGCGCAGCUGCGUGAAACCAAUUGCUGAUCAUCUGGCCUAUCCAGUCCAACAAGAUCCCGAGAAACUUCCAAGAGUCUGGUGGAUUGGCUCUGGCCUUGCAAGUUCUUUCCCAUUCCAUGCUGCCGGAGAUGCUUCUCCAGGAUCAACAGAGAAUGCGUGGUCUCGGGUACUAUCCUCUUACGCAUCAUCGAUCAAGGCGUUGAAACACUCGAGAGAGCGUUCUGCCGCUGUCACCUCAGCUCAAAAGAAACCCAUCAAGGCACUUGUUGUUUCAAUGCCCGAGACUCCAGGUGCAUUUGAACUUCCAAAGGCAGAGAUCGAGUCAUCUACUGUCUCACAGAUUCUAGGAUCUUCAAUGAACUGCGAAGCUCUUCACAAACCAAACGCGGCAACUGUGUUAGAUCACAUGUUCCAAUGCAAGAUUGCUCAUUUUGCCUGCCACGGAGUCUCGAAUGUAACAGACCCCUUUCAAAGUGGCCUUCUCCUUCAGAGCGGAGACUCGAGCAACCCAACUCAAGAUAUUCUCAGUGUGCGUAGUCUUUGCAAUAGUGAUAGCACCUUGGGCGGAAUGGCUUUUCUAUCCGCGUGUUCGACCGCAGAGAGCCGGGUCAAGAAGCUCGAUGAUGAGAUGCUGCAUGUCGUGAGCGGUUUUCAAGUCGCUGGAUUUAGACAUGUUAUUGGAUGUCUUUGGCCUGUGGAUGACAAUGUUUGCGUGGAAGUUGCUAGCUCGUUCUAUUCUGAGCUUUGCCAGGGUGAUUCUUUGGAGUCUGAAGAUCGAUCGAUUGCACUGGCUCUUCAUAAGGCCGUUUUGAAGAUUUCAAGCAGCAGGGAGUAUUGUAGGCGACCACUUCACUGGGCAUCGUAUGUUCAUUUUGGCGCAUAG